UUAGGUAUCAUGGGGCUCAGUUUGGAAAAUGUCGGGGACGAACUUGGCACUAAACCGGAUAAUCGGUGAGACCAAACUGUUAUAUUAUUGUUAUUGUUAUUAUUAUUAUUAUUAUUAUUUAUUUAUUUAUUUAUUUUUAUUAUUAUUAUUAUUAUUUAUUAUUUUUUUUUUUUUUUGGUGGUUUACACAGGUCCCCCACUAUAAAUAAAGCAUCUCAUUUCCAUUAUAAAGCAUAUAAAUCUCAUGAACCCCUUUACGUACAUUGAACCAACUUCAAGUCCCCGGAUCUCUUUUUCAACCGAUUUUUUUGAUGAAGAAGAUUUCAUCUCCAUAAAGUUGAGCUCCCAGACUGAAAGAGAGCACGAAAAGGCGCCAGAGAAAACGUGUAACAAUGAAUUUGAGUUCGUCUGUAGCAAUUUUACUAGCCAAACGGCGAUAAGGACUGCCGAUGAGCUAUUUUCCCAAGGGAAGUUGCUUCCUUUUCGCCAAACACAGCAUUCAGAGAAACCAAACAAGACGAGUCUUAAAAUGGGAGGAGUGGAAGAGAAGGAGGUGAAAAAGGAGGAGAGUAAGGUGAGUUGGUUUAUGGAUGAUGAUCCAUCUCCUAGGCCUCCUAAGUGCACUGUUCUAUGGAAAGAGUUACUGAGGUUGAAGAAACAACGCGCUUCUUCUUCUUCUUUAUCGCCGCCAUCUUCCUCUUCCUCGUCAUCACGGAAAGAAGCAUCCGGAAGGAGAGAGAAGCAUGUCAAUAGGAUAAAGAAUGGGUUGGUGGAUAGGACAAGAACAAGAUCAGCCACUGUAAGAAUAAGGCCUUUGAUUAAUAUGCCCUUUUGCACACAGGGGAAGAAGAAUGCUUUGCCUCCUUUGUUUUCCCUUAAGAAAGGAAGACUAGAGGGGUCAUGAGAUGAUGAGAA